AGGAAACUAAUAUAAAAAAUUAAAAAUAAAAGUUGACGGUGUCCCGUAAACCCAGCGGUUGUCUUGAUAUUAUCUGGCUAAAUCUCGACGACUUAAAAUUCAAUCUGGACCGAUUUAAUGGACAAAUAAGGGGUACCAGUGCACGCCCGGAUACCACAGGAAUGGAUAUCACAAGUCGCUGCACCCUUGGUGACCCCAACAAGCUCCCAGAGGGAGUUCCUCAGCCUGCCAGGAUGCCCUACAUCUCAGACAAGCACCCUCGGCAGACCCUGGAGGUCAUCAACCUGCUCCGCAAGCACCGAGAGCUGUGCGACGUGGUUUUGGUGGUGGGAGCCAAGAAGAUUUAUGCACACCGUGUGAUCUUGUCCGCCUGCAGCCCCUAUUUCAGAGCCAUGUUCACGGGGGAACUGGCAGAGAGCCGACAGACAGAAGUUGUGAUCCGUGAUAUUGAUGAACGAGCCAUGGAGCUGCUCAUCGACUUCGCUUAUACCUCGCAGGUGACUGUGGAGGAGGGAAAUGUGCAGACUCUGCUGCCUGCUGCCUGCUUGUUGCAACUGGCCGAGAUUCAGGAAGCUUGCUGUGAAUUCCUGAAGCGGCAAUUGGACCCCUCGAACUGCUUAGGCAUCAGGGCCUUCGCCGACACUCACUCCUGCAGAGAGCUGCUGCGUAUCGCUGAUAAGUUCACCCAGCAUAACUUUCAGGAGGUGAUGGAGAGUGAAGAGUUCAUGCUGCUGCCAGCCAACCAGCUGAUAGACAUCAUCUCCAGUGAUGAGCUCAAUGUUCGAAGUGAGGAACAGGUGUUUAACGCUGUAAUGGCCUGGGUUAAAUACAGCAUCCAGGAGCGCAGGCCUCAGCUGCCGCAGGUUCUGCAACAUGUGCGUCUUCCCCUUUUGAGCCCCAAGUUUCUGGUUGGGACGGUGGGUUCAGAUCCUCUGAUCAAGAGCGAUGAGGAGUGUAGAGACUUGGUUGAUGAAGCCAAAAACUACCUCCUGCUACCCCAAGAGCGCCCCCUGAUGCAAGGACCUCGAACCCGGCCCAGAAAGCCAAUCCGAUGUGGAGAAGUACUGUUUGCUGUGGGAGGUUGGUGCAGUGGUGACGCUAUCUCAAGCGUUGAGCGCUACGACCCUCAGACCAAUGAGUGGAGGAUGGUGGCGUCCAUGAGCAAACGCCGCUGUGGAGUUGGUGUCAGUGUUCUGGAUGAUCUGUUGUAUGCGGUCGGCGGACACGACGGCUCGUCUUAUCUCAACAGUGUGGAGAGGUAUGAUCCUAAGACUAACCAGUGGAGCAGUGACGUCGCCCCUACGAGCACCUGCAGGACCAGUGUGGGUGUUGCUGUAUUAGGAGGGUAUCUGUAUGCUGUGGGAGGUCAGGAUGGUGUUUCCUGUCUCAACAUUGUAGAAAGGUAUGAUCCGAAAGAGAAUAAGUGGACCCGUGUUGCCUCGAUGAGUACCAGGAGGUUGGGUGUAGCUGUAGCUGUAUUAGGAGGUUUUCUUUACGCAGUAGGAGGUUCAGAUGGAACAUCCCCACUAAACACAGUGGAGCGGUAUAACCCUCAAGAGAACCGCUGGCACACAGUGGCACCCAUGGGUACCCGUCGGAAACACCUGGGCUGUGCAGUAUACCAGGAUAUGAUCUACUCUGUGGGCGGCAGAGACGACACCACGGAACUGAGCAGCGCAGAGCGGUACAAUCCCAGAACCAAUCAGUGGUCACCUGUAGUUGCGAUGACGUCCAGAAGAAGCGGGGUGGGUUUAGCAGUAGUAAACGGCCAGUUGAUGGCAGUUGGAGGAUUUGACGGUACCACAUACUUAAAAACUAUAGAAGUCUAUGAUCCUGAUGCCAACACAUGGAGGCUCUAUGGAGGAAUGAACUACAGGAGGUUGGGAGGUGGCGUCGGUGUAAUAAAAAUGACUCACUGUGAAUCACAUAUAUGGUAACACCUACAGUAUCCAUCUCUCAGAUGCCUCACCAUAGCUCGUGCCUCAUAGAGACAUUGUACAUCAUGCAAGAGGAAAAAACAAAACAAAACUGAGUAUUGUCUCCAGUUACUGAGAUGGCAAACGUACCAUCUCCUGAAGCUGCUCUGAGGAGACUCACCUGGCCAUAGAGCAUCACUCCAUUUCGUUUUUACAUUUGGUCGUACUUGAGAAUAGCCAAAGGCAAUGUUUUGAAGAGAGAAGCAGCAGCCGGAAAAAGCAUCAAGCCAGAGCGUAUGUUUUUCUGGAAGGAACCAGCCUUCCGCCGGUCUAUUUGACUGCAUUGAAGAAUAACUACAGUAACCUGAAACGCACGUCGCUAGGGAUUGGUGUGAAUGACGCUCGUUCUUGGAAGCAGAUGUUUCCCUGAAUAAUGUUCUAGUCUGAAUUGGAUGCACUGUGAUAUCUUUACUAUUUCUUUAAGUUUAGGUUUUAAUGAGUUCUACACUGAGCAUUAACUGUUCCUCUGCAUUUUACCAGAUGUAAGAAGAUUUGUUCUCUCUUCUUUCUGUUUCUUUGGUGUGCUGAAAAUGCAGUCCCUCCUGAAACAUUGCAAUCUAAUGAAGGCUGUAAAAGAAGAAAAAUAAGUUAUUUUUGAAGCAGUCAAAAACAGGUUUGAUGUAUUAUCAAUUUGUUUACUUUUAUACAACCGAAUGCAUCAUUGAACCAGUCCAUGCACUUUAAUCCACUAAGAGUUUUUCUAUUAAAGUUUGUUUUUUUUUUUUUUUUUUUUAAAGAUUGUUGGAUGUAUUGUUUUAUGCAAGUAUAAGGACCCAAGGUAAAAAAAAAAAAAAAAAAAAGAAAAAAAAAAAAAAAAAAAGAUUUCAUAAUCUGACAUUUUUAGAACAAACAGGUUUGCAGUAGUAGCCUGCACGUAUGCUCAAAAAACUUAAUGUAUAGCUUGUUACUGAAUAUGAGAUGAAUCUCUUUGAAUUGUUACAACUGCCCUUUUUUUUCUUUUUUAAAUCAACACUUGUUUUCCCACAGGACAGUUAUGUGUUCUAAUCUUGGUGUUGAAAUACGGUUACAUAAAGUAUAUCUUCCAUGAUCUUAUUUAAUUUUAAAGAUGUACAACUGUCUAUACAUUUCAGAUCUUUGAAAGUGGAAAUAAAAUAUCCAAAGCAAAAUAA